GUACCUGCGCCUAAAUCCACUACCACCCAUGUAUCCACCUAUCGGCGGUAGGCUCGCACCAAGAAAAUCCACCACCACCCAUGGAUCCACAAGCCGGUGGUCUCAAUUUUCCAUCCGUCUAUGUUCCCGGCGAUGGGACCAGGGCCGGCCACUUCGCCCCGCGCUGGACCGUUCCGGAUUUCUACGCCAACUACACUCCCCAGCCUCCGCUGCCAGGGACCAGGGCUGGACACUUCCUUCCGCGCGGGACCGCCCCAGAGUUCUACGCCAACUAUACUCCCCAGCCUCCGCCGCCAGGGUGUGAGGAGAAGACACAACAUGUGCCUGGCCCGUCGUACACGUCCUCUAACCUGAGGCCUCCUAGCAUGCCAACAUCUGCCUCUUACUUGCCCUCUACUUGUAUGCCACCAUGGCUUUGCCCGCCAGAUUUUCAGUGCCCAGGGGACCUGCUGGGGCGCCCCCUUACCCCGUCUCUAGGGCCACCAUUUCUGCAUCGGAAACAACCUGAGUGGGGAAUGGACUUCUGUAUCCGGGUCGACCGUGCGGGAUGCUACCACACAUAUCCUCACGUUGGUGGGCCAUUUGAAGGACUACAGGAAGCAGAACGUGCUAUCGAGCGCCAUCUUGAUAACCGUCGGGAUCCAAAAAUGUUUACGAUGGAUAAUGUUUCUGCAGUGGACAUCGCUGUACGGCAUUAUCUCUACCUGCCUGAUGGCACGAGGAAGCACUCGGGAAUAUAUGAUAAAAUCAGUGAUAAUCAGCGCCAGUUGGUUCUUGCUUUGGUGGACAAGUAUAACGAUGACAACAGUCUUUUGGAGGAUCUUGCAUAUGAACUAACCAAGGUGGUGUGCUACAAGUCAUUCUGUGAGGCUGAUAUACGCAUGUGGUACCAUCAUAUCAAUUUCACUGCAAAGGCUAAAGGAAGGGUUGAUUGCAAGUUCUUCGCUGAAGUAAUAUUUAUGCAAGGAGAAUUGCCGGUCAGCUGUUUGUGCAUGAUUGCACCUACUGAUGAUGGGCACUGCUUUAGUUGUAGAAAUAAUGGCAAUGAUCUGAAGCAUCCUAAAGAUGUUCGAUAUGCUGGUGGUCAUGUGAUGCGCACAUUCAAUCCAUUUGGUGGACAUAAGGUGCCGCCGGAAGCCUGUGUCCAUGAUUGGGAGGCUGAGGAGGCUAGGUUCAGGAAAUCAUUGGAGGGCUUUGAUCUGUCAGGGCCACCUCCUAUCUUCCCAGGGAAUGUCGCUAAUGUGUACAUUGGACCCUCAUUAUGGGAAGGAGGGCGCUGGAGAACGGAGGCGGCGGCUAAGGUGGGUGCUGGAGCAGAAUGUUAAUGCCAAGGAGGGAACUUGCUAUUUCCUGUCGAGACCAAGAUAUCUUGUGAAUUACAGUAGUAGGAGUACUUGAUAAUUUGGUAAAGCAUGUGUGGUAUGAUUUAAGAAAACGUGCCAAUGUGAUAGCUUGACUGUAGCAACUGGUAUUUGCACCGCCUCCAUGAGAAAGCUAAGGAGAGCGACUUGCUAUUUCUUGUUGAGACGAAGAUGUACACUACAUAGUACUCCCUCUGUUCUUAAAUAUAAGUCUUUUUAGAGAUUGCA